AUGAUGGACUCUCGAUCGUUAGUUGACUCCAUUUAUUUUGUGGAUUCCACUCACCCAUCUCAACAAGAAAACAAAUUUAUUGGUUUCAUUCCAGAUCAAAGGAUUGCAAUAGUUCCAGAGUUUACCUUAGAGUGUGGAGAAGUUUUAUACGAUGUACCUGUGGCUUUCAAAACAUGGGGAGCAUUGAAUAAAGACAGGAACAAUUGCCUUCUUCUCUGUCAUGCUCUCAGUGGCUCUGCUGACGCAGCAGAUUGGUGGGGUCCUAUGCUUGGCCCAGGCCGUGCUUUUGACCCUACCCACUUCUUCAUCGUCUGUCUCAAUUCUCUAGGAAGUCCUUACGGAAGUGCUUCUCCAGUCACCUGGAAUUCUGAAACCAAGUCAAUUUAUGGCCCCGAAUUUCCUUUGACAACCGUCCGCGAUGACGUUGCUCUCCAUAAGCUGGUAUUGCAGCGUCUUGGCAUUGAGCAAGUUGCCAUGGCGGUUGGUGGGUCUAUGGGGGGUAUGCUAGUUUUGGAAUGGGCCUUUGAUACCAACUAUGUUCGCUCUAUUGUUCCUAUUUCAACGUCAUUGAGACAUUCAGCUUGGUGUAUUAGCUGGUCAGAAGCUCAACGCCAAAGUAUUUAUUCUGAUCCGAAAUUUAAUGACGGAUUUUAUGAUUUGGAUGACCAGCCAUUGAGUGGCCUAGGUGCUGCGCGUAUGUCUGCGUUGCUAACCUAUCGUUCAAAGUGUUCGUUUGAACGUCGUUUCGCUCGUAAGUUACCAGACUGUAAUCGUCAUCCUUAUCCUGAUCGUGUCCCUACUCCGAUGACUCCUGGAGAUGCUAACUGGGUUGUUCACAACGAGGGUAAUUGUAAUCGUCGUGAGCGUCCAUCUAAAUCUGGGGGAUCUUCCCCUGAAUCAUUGAAUAACGGAGUUUAUAAGGUGCCUUCUACUCCAUCGUUGUCUCAGAGUACAGAAAGUGUUUCAGGUACGCAAAGUCCUUCAUUGCGUCGUCCCGCGAACACCUACUUUUCUGCUCAAUCUUACCUGCGGUAUCAAGCAAAGAAGUUUGUGGGUAGAUUCGAUGCCAAUUGCUAUAUUGCGAUUACAAAGAAGCUUGAUACUCAUGACGUUAGUCGGGACCGUGGAUCAGAAGAUCCCAUGGAAGUUAUGAAACACCUUACGUUACCCGUUUUGGUGUUGGGAAUUGAAAGCGAUGGACUGUUCACUUAUGAUGAACAAGUAGAGAUUGCUUCCUGUUUUCCGAAUGGCAGUUUAGAAACAAUCAUUUCAGCCGAGGGCCACGAUGGUUUUUUACUUGAGUUUACACAAGUCAACUCUUAUAUUCAAAAGUUUCAAGCAGAACAUCUCGCUGACAUUAUGUCACAGAAAAACGCUUCAGCUGAGUUGGAAAUGGAGUCUCUUAAUGCCCAACGCGAAAGUGUUUUUGGUGAAAUGGAAGAUAUUACUUCCUGGUAA